AUGGCAACUGGAGAUACUCCAGCUGUCUCUGACUUGAUGAACCUUAUGCAUCACAAUGCACAAUACGGCUGCUGCCAUUGUUUUGCACAUGGUGAAAGCAUUGCCAAGACCAUGUGCUUCCUGGAGAGCAAGGGUCCUGCCCCCAUGAGGGAUGUAGGGAGCAUUUGCAGAGCCGAAGGAAGUAGACCUGGUGGUGGGAGAUACAAUGCCUUUGCAGAGUUACCCACACUUACCUGUUCUGCUUUCUUUGGCCAGGACGAGAUGCACCUCCUAGAUCAUGGAACAGGGCAUCAGCUCUAUCAAGCCCUUGGUGGCAAAUUCUGCCCUGGGACUGCAGGCCUGGGCAGAAAAUCCCAUGGAAUGCACCUCCAAGAACGCCUGCAACGACUUGAGUACCCCUUUGCCCUGGAUGUUAGUCUAGAUGACAUCAAAAAAGCAGUGAGCACAUCCAGGGCAGAUAUACUGACGGCAUUUGCCAGUACGUGGAGGUCAAUGAAGGAAUCAAAUGGCAAGAGGAAGGCCAUCGAUUGGAUGGACUUCCUCUUGUUCAUUGUACCAACCGUGGUAAUCGACCACCUCUACUUUGCAGAUGCAAAGCAGACCGUGAGAGACCUGGUGCUGGCGUGCUCCAUUGUUCAACAAUGGAGCAUCACUGCCAGCAACAUUGUUGCUGUGGAGCAGGCAAUUGGCCGCUGGCACUCCUUCCUGAGGUGCAAGAUUUCAGACGGUAAGCUGAAAUCCAACAUAUUCGUGAUGAACCAGCACAUGCUGGUUCAUCUUGGUUUCAUGUUGCGGGAAAUGGGCCCUUUGCGGGCUUACAGCUGCCAUCUGAUAGAACGCAUGAUCAGUGCCUAUACCUCUGUGAUCAAGUCCAGGAAGGAGCCCGGAAAAAACAUGGAAAAUGUUCUUUUCCGGAUGGUGGCCAUCAGCCACUGCCACGGCAACCGUCCAGCCAGGACUGGACCAGCUGACAAAAGGACCAGCAACUUCGAGGUUGCAAGUGAUGAUGUUGCUGGUCCUCAGCUGUGGUCCAGUCCGACCAGGUAUAGCAUGGCCGAGUUGGCCAACACCAUUGGCAUGGAAUGGGAGGACCUCGUCCAACAGUUGUUGCCUUUCUGGGCAGGAGAAGGAGUUUCCUCCUUUGAGGAACAAGACUCAGUGGUUUGCACCACAAAGAUGUGGAAAGACUUGGUGGUUUACAGAGUCCGGUCCUCCUUUGACAGUAGACAUGUUCGAGCUAACAAUCUUGUUGUGCUCAAACAUAUUUAUGGAUUUGUCCGCAAAUUCUUUUCCCACACUGUCAAAGGAGUGACCAGGCUCUUUGCAGCCACCGAGAGUCUUUCCAACGUCAGGCCCUUGCUGGGCAUGCUCUUCCUUGUGUCGAGCAAUCACUCGCAGGGCGAGAUAAGGAUAGUGGACGUGAAGUCCUUCAAGGGGAUGGCUGGCCUCGUCCACAAUACUAAGGACGGGGCCAUUAGACAUAUCGUCUGGCCCUCGCUGACUCACAACCAGUAG